AUGAGCGAUUUUGAAGAAGAUCGGGAAGACCUUCAAAGUGCCUUCAUUGCCUACCAUCGAUGUUUUUCCUAUGUGGACAAUUUACUUGAAAGAUUAUACAAGAAUAAUGAGGAGAUUAAACCCGAGGCCAAAGAGCAUGCGAAAACAAUGAUUCUUGCUUGCACAAUUGAAGGCCUAUUUGAAGACUCCAUCGGACCAUUUAAGACAAAAUGUGUGGAUCCAAUCAAAGAACCUGAACGAAAUUACUUUCCAAAUAAUUUAAAUAGCUCUUCUUUUUUAUUGGACAAUCCGAACCAAAUUACCAGACUUUCGGAAGAAGAGUUCUUUGAAAAAGGAGAUAGACUUAAAAAUUGUAUCAAUUCUGACACUGAUUUUAAAAAAGCUAUUGUGAUGGCGGAUAGGAGAUACUUUUAUUGGAAAGAGCCAGGUAGUGCUAAAUUCUUUUUCCCACAAGUCAUUCAAAAUUUCACUCAAGAUAGAAAUAAGUUCAGAAGUUAUGAAUUCAAGGGUGGAGAAGAUAUAGAGGAGUUACGAUACAAAGUUGAUUAUCUUUCCGAGAGAUUUGCUAGAAAGGAGUUGAACAACUAUUUUGUUUGCAUACUUUCAAAUUCUCCAUCGGCUAACCCUCAGUUUGAUAUAUUGGACAUGAAAAAGAAUUGUCUCCCAGAAAGAUUAAGUUAUCAUUUAUUGGUAAACUCUGUUUUCUGUAGAAAGGGUAUUGAGAGAUGUCUUAGACAACGAGAUGCAUACAUGCAUUCGCAAGAUUCAUCAUAUAACUUCAAAAUGCCAAUGCAAGAUAGAACAUUGUCUGAAUUUGAGGAGUGUUUAUUUGACUCUGAACUUUCACGUUCGUGUGUUGCUAUUGUUGAUGAUUUUGUGGGAAAGAAAGGUAAUGAAGGACAAGCUGCAAAGGCGUAUGAGGAAGCCGUACGCCAGAAAAAUUGA